AUGGAGAGAAUGAUCCCCUUCGCUUCGGCUUCUUCCUCAUCCUCCACGCCUUGGUCAGCGUCCUCCUCCUCCUCCUCUUCCUCGGCUGUGGGGGCGGCCGCGGCGGCCCCUGUGGUGGAGUUGGAGCACAUGUUCGACAAGGUGGUUACACCCAGCGACGUCGGGAAGCUGAACCGCCUCGUGAUCCCCAAGCACUACGCCGAGAAGUACUUCCCCCUCGACCCCUCGACUGCCGCUGAGGGGGUGCUGCUCCGCUUCGAGGAGUGCCUAGCCGGCGUCGCAGCCUCUUCUGCCGUCGGAGGGAAGCAGUGGCUGUUCAGGUACUCGUACUGGAACAGCAGCCAGAGCUACGUGAUCACCAAGGGCUGGAGUCGGUUCGUGAAGGACAAGCAGCUCGACACUGGCGAUACCGUCUCCUUCAGCCGCGCGGAUUCCGGCCUCCGCCUCUUCAUCGACUGGUCCCCGCGGAGGCCACCGCAGCAAAUCCGGGGGCGCUUCCCGCCUAUCCCUCGCUCAGUGAUGGCGCAGUGGGUGGGGCUUUUCCGGCCCGCUGGGCAACUGCCAUCGGCCUACAACCACCGAGGAACGUGGUACUCGUAUUACCAUUCGCGGCCAGGAGGAGGCCUGGGGCCGCCGACGCCACCGCCGCCACCGCCCCUGCAGCAACUCGGAAUCAGAACGGCGAGUCAGGCGGAGCGGAAGCGAGUCAGACUGUUCGGCGUUGACUUGGAGUGCUCCGAGUCAGAGACCUCUCCUCCUGCAGAUCCGCCGGCGCUGCCUAAACCCCCUCCGGGCAGAGGAUGA